AUGACGGAGUGGACCCUGCUCAAACGUCUCCUGGAUGCUGUCCAUCAGCACUCCACUAUGAUUGGUCGCCUGUGGCUCACAGUCAUGGUCAUCUUCCGGCUGCUCAUUGUGGCUGUGGCAACCGAGGACGUGUACACCGAUGAGCAGGAGAUGUUCGUGUGCAACACCCUGCAGCCGGGAUGCUCCACUGUCUGCUACGACGCUUUUGCACCCAUCUCACAACCUCGCUUCUGGGUGUUCCACAUUAUCAGCGUCUCCACGCCGUCGCUCUGCUUCAUCAUAUACACAUGGCACAAUUUGUCCAAGCUACCCCACAACACCACCCAGAGGCUGGGGCAAGGACCUGGAGAUAUGGCAGGGCAGGGAGGCCCAGAUGUGGGGCGUGACAGUGGACGGGAGGCGUAUGAUCAGAGCUACGACUCAGACAGCUGCUCCAUCCGCUCCCACAAGCAUUUAGGUCACAGCCUGGCAGAUGUGCUGGAGGGCAUCACCACCCAGAGCCUCCAGAGGGGAGACCCCAAGAACAUCGUGUCCUUGAGCCAGGCCCGAGUUUGCCCCUUCAGGGAGGGGAGUGCAGAGGGUCAUGUGGUCUCUGGAGGGGUUCUGUCUAAAUGUUACAUUUUCCAUGUGUGUUUACGUGCUGUUCUGGAGGUGGGCUUCGUCCUGGCCCAGUGGAAGCUGUUUGGCUUCCAGGUGCCUGUUCAUUUCCUGUGCACCUCUGCCCCCUGCAGCCAGCCGGUGGACUGCUACGUGUCCAGGCCCACGGAGAAGACCAUCUUCUUGUGCUUCAUGUUUUGUGUUGGGGUUUUCUGUAUCUUUCUGAACCUGCUAGAACUCAACCACUUGGGCUGGAAGAAGGUCCGCCUGGCUGUGAGGUUGAAGGAGAGGUCGUCCUGGGGAGGUUGCCCGGGUAUGAGGGGGGGGUAUGAAACGUUCCCUCCGGACAGCCCCUCUCUCACAUCCUCGUUAGGCUUCAGGGACGUGACCAGCACCACCUCUUUGCCCACUUUGGACCUGGUGGUGGGUCACCAGCCGGACUGGACUUGUGCUGUGAACUGUGGCAGCAUGAGGGAGCCUGAGGAGGUGACAGGGACCAAACUACAGCAACCAAAGAGACAGGACUCCCAUAAAGGAGAGAGGCAUCCUCUGAACAGUAAGAAGGAGAUCAGAGGCUCCAAGCAGAGGAGUGCUCAGGUCUGGAUAUAGUCUCUGACCCAGGGGAAGCAUGUUGUUGCCAUUGUUUGUCUUGACCACAUUACAUGACACAUUACAAAGUCUUUUGAAAACAGUUCCAUUAAUCAGGAUAAUCCACAGACUGUGCUGUCAACAGUUCUGCUGCGCUCAGAAGAAUGUGUGUUAACCAGGACUGGAAACAUAUGAUACGGGUGAUUUUUUUUUUUUUUUACGUGAACCGCAAAGUAAAUGAAUUCUUUCACUUCCAGUUUACUGGUGUGGGGACAGAAAUUUCCAAACCAAAAACUAUGUGCAUAGUUAGACACAAAAACAGAUGAGGGAGGAAAUACUCUCACUUAUCACAUUGUUUAGGUCUGCUCAG